GAAGGCAAACAGACACAACUGUUUUGAGUGUGGAUGCUGACACGGAGAUGUGGCAAACAGAGAACUUUAAAUAGGAUCAAGCUGAGUGCAGGAGGAAGGGAAUUUGGGAUUUCUUGCUGCCAGAAUAUCGUAUUUAUUGAAUGCGCAGCAGUUCAGCAUCCUCAUAUUUCAGAUUUUCCUGUAUAGUCCCUUCUCGAUUCAUUAUUUCCUUACUGGGAGUGUUUCAAGCAAUGCUUUACCACUUCUCCAUUCAUUACAGAGAUAACUUCUCCCUCAGUUUUGUGAGUUGGGCCGAGCAAAACACUGAAGAAAGGUGUUGGAUAGGAUUAUGUUCCAUCGGAGUUCAAAAAUGAUGAAACACUCUUAUAAGAAAUUGAAUGUAGUACUUUUGACCCAAGGGCAAAGCCCGGAGGCUGUGACAUGAAUUUGAUCGGGCUAGUAGGCAGGGAAGAUUAUCCGAGCAGAUGUCGUUUCCCCUCUAUUGAAAGAGUGGGGCCAAUAAUAAAGGCGCGCGCACGCAGACGCGCAAGACGCGCACAAAUCUCAGAGAUAGGCUUAUAGCCUUUAUUUCUCUCCUCUGUUUUCUCCUAGGCAGACAGGCAGGCAGACAGGGAGGGAGGGAGGCAGGCGCUGCUCCAGUUUCACCAAACCUCAAGUUAUCUUGAUGACUCCACAGUUUUGACACGUUUCUGAUUGAAUCAUCUUUGCGCGCAGAUGGAUGCCAAGAAAAAAUGGCUCGUCUUGUGCCAUUUCGCGCUGUUCACUUGUUUCUUGGACCCAGUCUGGGGACAGAUCCGAUACUCCAUCCCAGAGGAGCUGGAGCACGGAGCUUUUGUUGGAAACAUUGCGGAGGACCUGGGGCUGGAUUUGAACAAACUCUCCGCGCGCCGGUUCCGGAUAGUGUCGGGUUCCAAAAAGCAAUAUGUGGAGGUGAACCUGGAGAACGGGGUUUUGUUUGUCAAUGAAAGAAUCGAUCGGGAGGAGCUGUGCGAGCAGAGUUCUUCUUGCUCUUUUCACUUGCAAGUGGUGAUAGAAAACCCCCUGGAGCUGUACAGGGUGGAGAUUGAGAUUCUGGAUGUGAAUGACAACGCUCCCAGCUUCCCGUGGACGGAGUUUAAUCUGGAUAUAUCGGAGUCUGCCGCCCCAGGAUCCCGCUUUCCUCUGGAGAGCGCGCAAGACUUGGAUGUUGGCUCCAACUCGCUGCGCACGUACCUGCUGAGCGUAAACGAGCAUUUUUACUUGGACAUACAGACGCGCAGCGAUGGCAGUAAAUUUGCAGAACUGGUCCUGCAGGCUCCUCUGGACAGGGAGCAGCAGAGCGCGCAUCAGAUGGUGCUCACCGCAGUGGACGGAGGCGCACCGGAGAGAUCUGGCACUGCGCAGAUUGACAUCACCGUUUUGGACGCCAACGACAACGCGCCGGUUUUUGAUCAGUCAUUUUACAGAGUCCGACUCGCCGAAAACGCGCCAAAAGGCACAGUUGUGAUCAAACUUAACGCGUCCGAUUUGGAUGAGGGUCCCAACGCGGACAUCACUUACUCCUUCAGUGGACACGCUCCCAUCAAAGUGCGCCAGCUUUUCAGCGUGGACCCGCGCACUGGGGAGAUCAAAGUCAAAGGAGUGAUUGAUUAUGAAAAAUCGAGGAUGCAUGAAAUUUACGUCCAAGCUAAAGAUAAAGGUCCUUCUGCCGUGGCGGUGCACUGCAAAGUGCUGGUGAACGUCCUGGAUAAAAACGACAACCUCCCAGAGGUGAUCCUCACCUCUGUGUCCACACCUGUGCUGGAAGACGCGCCGCCCGGGACGGUCAUCGCCGUCAUCAGCGUCGUGGACAAAGACUCGGGUGAAAACGGGAACGUGGACUGUGAGAUCCCUCAUCACGUGCCGUUUCAGCUUCAUUCAUCUUUUAAGAACUACUACACUUUAGUGACUUCUGAUUUCCUGGACAGAGAGGCGAUCACAGACUACAACAUCACCUUAACCGCGCGUGACGCGGGUUCUCCACCUCUGUUCACGCGCAAAAACAUCAUCGUCCAGGUGUCUGACGUGAAUGACAACGCGCCCCGCUUCAAGCAGCCGUCCUACACGGUAUACCUGACUGAGAAUAACGCGCCAGGAGCGUCCAUCUGCUCCGUGACCGCCGUGGAUCCAGAUUAUGGACAGAAUUCCUAUUUGUCCUACUCUAUCCUAGAGGGGGACAUACAGGGAAUGCCGGUGUCCACGUAUGUAUCCAUAAACUCGGACAGUGGGAACAUUUACGCACUGCGCUCCUUCGAUCACGAGCAGCUGAAAAACUUUCAGGUCACAGUUCAGGCGCAAGAUGCGGGUUUCCCGCCACUCAGCAGCAACGUCUCUGUGCACAUCUUUAUUUUGGACCAAAAUGAUAACGCGCCAAUCAUUGUGUCCCCCGUUGCGCAAAAUGGCACCGCGCCCUACGAAGUUGUGCCAAAGUCUGUGGACGCCGGCUAUCUGGUGACUAAAAUCCGCGCCGUGGACGCAGACGCGGGUCAAAACUCGCGCCUGUUCUACCAGCUGCUCCAAGCCACAGACCCGAGCUUGUUCAGCAUCGCUCUGUACACUGGAGAGGUCAGAACCAUCCGCCAGUUAGAGGAGGAGGAGCCCACGAGGCACAGACUGGUCAUCCUGGUCAAGGACAACGGUCAACCCCCCCUGUCGGCCACAGUUUCCAUCAUCCUGUCAGUGGUUGACAGCCUGCCAGACUCGCAGGCCGGUCUGGGUGACCUGUCCCUGAGCGCGCAUCCCAGCUCCAACCUCACUCUCUACUUAAUCGUGGCUCUGGGCGCGAUCUCCUUCACGUCCCUGCUGGCCAUCAUCGUCCUCGUGGCUGUGAGGAGACUGAAGGGCAAGCCGUCAAACAUCGAGUCCGGCUUCCCCUCCAUCCGCUGCCGCUGCUGCUGCGCGCGCACGGAGGAGAGCACCACCACGGAGGUGUUCAAGAAGACCAACCUAAACGUGCGCAUGUCCGCGGGCGCGCCGGGCUGCGCGGAGGCGACCGGCACCAGCGCGCUGCCUCAGGUGUACUGCUACAAAAUGUGCCUGACGCCGGAAUCCUCCAAGAGCGACUUCAUGUUCCUGAAGCCGUGCAGCCCGGUGCUGUCAGUGCAGCAGAACAACGCCAAGAGCACUGACUACCUGACCUCAGGCUGGAGCACGCUGGACCGGAACGAGCUGACCAACAACCGAGCAACGAGCCCGAACGAGUUUAAGUACUCAAACAAGGACUGGACAUUGACCAAAAACCAACGCAACUCAGCUUACAAGAGGUAUAGUGCAGCAAACAUGGAGGCCACUCUUACCCGGCAGCAGAAAUGUGACGCCGAUGGGUUUUCCUGCUCUGUGGCGCCGCAGUACUGGACCUGGGGAAACCACAUGAAUGAUUGUAAGAGGCCCCUUCAAGAAGGAGCGGUUCCAAAUGCUCUGUGGACUCCGAAGUGCCCCCAGCCUCUCUCCGAAGACCUCGACUACCAGCACAACGUCUACAUCCCCGGCGCCACGUCCGGCUACAGCACCCUGAAGCUGACGAGCCGAGGAGAGCUGGACAUGUACAACACCUUCUCAACUUUUGGGAAGAAAAAAAAAUUCAUCUCAAACUACGAGCCGUCUUUAGAUGGAGACGAUGGCAUCAUAACCAAUUCCAUCUUCAGAUAAGAAGUCAGCUCCUGCUCAUGAAUUUGAAAAGAGGGUUAUUGCAAACCACAGACUAAUAAAUGUACAUUUACAUCGAUCUUUAUUUAUAACAACCUCCUGUAAAUAUGCUGUGAAUUAAAAAAAAAAAGCUUCAUUUACAAUUUUUUACUUAUAAAUUGAGCUAUCCUGCAUGAAGCAACAAUAGAAAGCGUAUCUACCGCUCCGGCUCCAUCGGAACAAUUUUUACUGACAGACAGUUAAACUGAAUUACAGUUGAUGGAAAUCGACGCUGAAGUCCUCCUGUCUCGUCCUGUCAGUUUUCUUUCAGUUUCCCUCCUGUCAGACAUGUAUCUCCAGUUAAACAAGAUGUUUUAUUUUUUAUUUUUAUUUUGGGGUGACAGAGCAGCAAAACGCCUUUCAAACACUCCCAAAGUUGACUUUGCAUCAUCGAUGCAUUUAAAUCAAAGCUAAUAGCUUACCUUAAAAAAGACUGCAUACACAACGCUUGCAUUUUUCUGUGAUAAAGAUUAGUGCUGCGUCCAAACCUUUUGCUUGUGCCUAAUCACUCUGACUCAUCAAGGUUAUCUGAUGAUUAAAGGUUACAAACAAAAGUCAAGAGUUGUGACACUGUUGUAAAUGACGACAGCCAGGAGAUGAUACAUAACACACAUGCUAGAUACUCUUUACAACAUAUAAAUAGUAGAAAUAUUUAUAUAUAUAUAUAUCAGGGGUUGAUGUAAAGUCUUCACAUCCUUUGAUACACAUCCAGCUCUCUUUUUACAUUUUACCUAUGUACAGUAGAUCAGCUUUGUCUUUCCUCCUCCUCCCGUAAAGAAGUGAAAUAAACUCACGUUUAACAGAACUGUGGAUUUUAUUUUGAAAACAUCCAAAUUAUGCAAAAUAUGAAAAUAAGGUUUUUGACUCGGGUUAUGCAUCUUGAAGAUUGACACAUAAAACUUUCAACUGACUUUGUUAACACGAUACAGUCCAUUUUGUAUUUAGAUUAUUCAUUUAGUACUUAAAACUAUAAAAAUAUAAGUCCUUUAACUUAGAAACAUUUUUAUUCAAGCAACCAAAACAAAAUAUCCAUAGGACAUAACAGCUUGAAACAUUAAAACCUGUAAUUUUGCAUUAUUUUUUUACUGAUUAGUUGUUUAUUGUUAAAAAAUGUGUUAUAAUAUUAUAUUCAGGUUUGUUUGAAGUGCUGCAGAGAAAAAUAACACACACCCCUCACUGUGGUUCACAUACAGCUAAUCGUGAUUGAAGUGACUUGGUAGAAGCUUUUUGCGGUCAUCACAUACAAAGAAAGGCAAAGAAAGUAGAAAACACAAUAGGAAAAGAAACACAAAGU